AUGGAUCUCUUCAUUAUCCUGGUGAUUUGUCUUUCUUGUUUGAUUCUUUUUUCUCUGUGGAAAGGAAGCCAUGCCAGAAGGAAACUCCCACCUGGUCCCACUCCUUUUCCAAUCGUUGGAAAUAUUAUGCAGUUAAACACCAAGGACAUCAGCAAAUCCCUAAGCAUGCUAGCAAAUGAUUAUGGUCCUGUGUUCACUGUGUAUUUUGGCAUGAAGCCCACAGUGGUGUUGCAUGGAUAUGAAGCAAUCAAGGAAGCCCUGAUUGACCAGGGAGAAGAAUUUUCUGGCAGAGGGAGUUUACCAGUGGUUGAAAGAUUUACCCAAGGAUUAGGAGUUGCUUUCAGCAAUGGAGAAACCUGGAAGCAAACCCGGCGUUUCUCCCUCAUGGUUUUGCGGAAUAUGGGGAUGGGAAAGAAAACGAUUGAAGACCGAAUUCAAGAGGAAGCCUCGUGUCUGGUGGAAGCAUUAAAGAAAACCAACGCAUCUCCUUGUGAUCCUGCUUUCCUUCUGGGCUGUGUUCCCUGCAACGUGAUCAGCUCUAUCAUUUUCCAGGAUCGUUUUGACUAUGGUGAUCGGAAAUUUCAUGCCUUAAUCCGGUAUUUUCAUGAAAACUUUGACAUUGUAAGCACCCCCUGGAUGCAGCUCUGCAAUACUUUCCCCUUUUUACAUUAUUUCCCAGGAAGUCACAAUAAGUUAUUAAAAAAUGUUGCUGCCCAAAAGCAGUUUAUCUUGGAGAAAGUAAAAGAACAUCAAGAAUCUCUGGAUAUCAAUGACCCUCGGGAUUUUAUCGACUACUUUCUGAUUAAAAUGGAAAAGGAAAAACACAAUAAACAGUCAGCAUUUACCAUGGACAACUUGGUCAUUACCGCAUGGGAUAUCUUUAGUGCAGGAACAGAGACAACAAGCACCACCCUGAGAUAUGGACUCUUGCUCCUGCUAAAGCACCCUGAGAUCACAGCUAAAGUCCGGGAAGAGAUUGACCGUAUGAUUGGCAGAGACCGGAGCCUCUGCAUGCAAGACAGGAGUCGCAUGCCCUACACAGAUGCUGUGGUGCACGAGAUCCAGAGAUACAUUGACCUUGUCCCCACCAACCUGCCCCAUGCAGUGAUCCAGGACACUCAGUUUAGAGAAUAUCUUAUUCCAAAGGUGAGAGCCGUUUUGUCAAUAUUUAU